AUGAACGCCAUUAUCUUGAUAUCUAUUAUUUCCGUAGCCAAUAGUGCAGUCUAUACAUGUUCCAGAUGUAUGGUUGCCAUGGUUCACAUCGGUAAUGUCCCCCGAAUUUUAAACCGUGUUGAUACAAAAGGCCGACCCAUGAACGCUAUCAUAUUCACAUUAUUUUUUGGGCUAUUAUCGUUUGUGGCUGCUAGUGAUAGACAGGCAGAUGUCUUCACCUGGUUAAGUGCCCUUUCUGGAUUAUUCACCAUAUUCCGUUGGAUGGCCAUCAAUUUAUCGCAUAUUAGGGUCAGACAGGCCAUGGCAAAGCAGAAUAGAUCCUUAGAUGAACUUCCAUUUUUGUCUCAAACAGGUGUAUGGGGGUCGUGGUAUGGUACUAUUGUUCUCUUCUCUGACCUAGUGGCAUCUUUUUGGACUUCUUUAUUUCCUUUGGGUGGGACCUCAGCGGAUGCAGAAUUAUUUUUUGAAGUUUUUUUUACCGUUUCCCAUCUUAUUAGCAUGUUACUUUGUCCAUAA